AUGUUCAAUUUCUGGGGCUCAAAAGAACCACAAGGAGAGUCUCGUCCUUCCUCAGAAGGGUCUGCACAACCGUGGUUUUCACCGUCUUUGGUCACCUCUCCUAGCUCAUCUCGGCCUCAAACAUCAGCGCAGAUUCCUUCACAUGUUUCACCAGCUGAAGCCGCUGGCAUUAUAGCCUUUUUAAAAGACAAAAGUGUGGAUGAGCUCAGGAAGCUUCUGUCUGACAAGGAUACGUAUCAACAGUUUCUCUACUCGCUUGAGCAGGUUUCGAUUCAAAACAAUAUCAGAGAAGAGCUCCGCAAAGAAACUUUACAUCUAGCUAGAGAAAAUUUGGAGAAGGAACCACAGAUAGUGGAGCUCAGAAAUCAAUGCAGAAUAAUUCGUACAUCGGAGCUUGCAACUGCUCAAGAGAAGCUCAAUGAGCUUGAGAAUCAAAGAGAAGAGAUCCUCAAAUACUACUCUCCUUCUUCUCUUCUUCAUGGACUUCAAGAUGCGAUGAACAAGGGUGAUGAAGAAUCCGAGGAGCUGCAGCAGAAGUUUAUGGAGAAGGAGAUUGAAACAGCCGUGUUUGUGCAGAAAUAUAAGAAGCUAAGAAGCAAGUAUCAUAGGCGCGCUUUGAUCCACCUCGCUGCUAAAACUUCAUCCAUCGGUUGA